UGCUGUAUAUAUAAAAAGAAUAUAGAUACCUAUUUAUAUAGUUUGCAACUUUGUUCUAAAACUUUGGAAACCAUGGCUACCACGAGUAGGACUUCCGAGUUAAACAAUGAUGAAGCACUAAUGACAUUUUGCCUAUCGCUAGCUCAACUAAGCAAAGACCCUAAUAUUCAAGUAGGAGCUUGCGUGGUCAAUUCCCAGGGCACAGCCGUUAGUUUUGGAUUUAAUUGUACCGUAAAUAGUUGUCCUGAUGAUUGGAAAAAGAUUUCUUCAAACGAAUACCCUUAUGGCGAAUACGUUUGUCGCGCCGACCGAAACGCUAUUCUUAACGCCAAGGCUGCCAAUGUAUCUCUUGAAAAUGGCACUCUUUAUACGACACUUUUUCCUUGCAAUGAAUCUGCAAAAUUUAUUAUUCAACAUGGCCUUAAAAGAGUUGUGUACCUGUGCGACAAUUACAAAAAUUUGGAAGAGUUCAAAUUUGCCAGAGAGAUGUUCAAGAUAGCUGAGAUUCCAUGCGAUGAGCUUCUUUUAAAUAAUAAGGUGGUGAGAUUUAAUUUCGAAAAUAGGGUUUCGACAUGUAUGGAGGUAGAAAAAAACUCUGAGGAAGAAAACGAAACAAAAAAACGUAAAAUGUAAUAACAUUGUUGGUAUCAAUAAUAAAUUAUAUCAUCUGAUAAA